UGCAUUUAUACUCAAUAUAGUCUUUUAUCAAAAUUUGUUGCGCGACGACAGUGCAAUGUUGGGGUCAUAUCUGGAUGUGACAAAGCCCCUCGUUUUCUUUGUUGCUUUUUUCAUUACAGAAGGAUUUGGAGAAUGGUGCGAAUUAACGAUUGAAUGUCGUGAACACAUACCGUGUAUAAAUAAAAUAACCUAUGUAGUAAGCAGAAAUAAGGUUAAUUUCUCUGGGGCAAUGGCCAAAUGCAAAGAAAUGGGUAUGGAACUAGCUUCAAUCAUGUCAGCAACAGAACAAAGGGUUAUAACCGACCACAUAAAACAGGAAGGAGUAAAUGUAGUAGCUGGCGAUCCAUACAAGGGAUUUUGGCUGAGCGGUACCAGAUCGAGCAGAGGUGGAAAUAAUUUUGUAUGGUUAGGUACAGGAAAGCAAAUGACGUAUAAAAAUUUUGCUCCAGGUCAGCCAGAUAAUGCUGGAAAUAACGAAGACUGUGUUGAACUCUGGUACGGUUCCAAUUUAAAAUUUUAUUGGAAUGAUAUUGGAUGCUAUCACAAUUUGAGAUACAUCUGUCAGAAAACACAAAAACAAUGUUUGGAUUUAAAAUGUCAGUGAAAUUUGCCGUGUACAAUUACAAAAUGUUUUUUUAAUAAAUAUAUGUAGUAAAAAUACACUCACCGGCACGAAAAACGGGCACCUUAACAUU